GAAAUUGAAAUUAACAUAGGGUUUUUGCUCCAUGUAUCACGUAGACAAAUUCUGCUCCAGGACGAAGGAGAAGGUGGAGGCAGAGGCAGAGGCAAAGGGAGCCAGAGGCGGAGGUGAAGGUGGAGUCGGAAGAGGAGGCAAAGGUGGAGAUCAAGAUUGGAGGGAGGAUAUGUUAGUUUCCACAGAGGUUGGUGUUAUGAGCAAAUGGGCAAAUAUAAUGCCUUUGACUGGAAUGAUGGAUAAAUAGUUGGAAAAGCACAUGAUGCAAUUUGGAAUUUAUAACUGAAAGUUGAGUGUUUGAAUAAGGAAGUGGGGGAACUUGAAAGAGAUAAACUUACUGAUGUUGAGAAAGCUAUUGAGAAGCUAAUGGAUCGUGUAAGGUUUGAAGCGAAGAAUCAAGUUGGAAAGCUGCAAAUGAAUUUCUCAAUUGUGCUUGUGCUUGUAAAUUCAGAAUUUGGUAGAGUUAUGUGAUGGACGUUAGAAAAUGCCAUGAAUUUCAAACUCUGGAUUCUUUAUCUUCUUUUGUUAUGUAUGGAUCAUGAACAAUGUAUGUAAUAUUCUCAACUUUUGACAAUGUAAAGCAAAUGUAAUUAUUUUACAAUUGAAAUCUAGGUUGUGGUCUUUUUAUUUUUGGUUCAAAGUCUUGUUUUUAUUUGAGCAAAAUCCAUCUAGGUUCUAUUCUCUUCUUAUGUAUACAUAAACAAAUGUAUCUAAUUUCUUGUCUUCAUUUUUAUUUGAGCCAUCCAGGCUUUGUUCUCUUUUAUUUAUAUACAUAUACAAAUAUAUUCAAGUUCCUAUC